ACCGACGUCACCGCUUCCGCCCUGCACCCCCUCCCUCUCCUCCCCCUCUCCCUCCCUCUCCUCCCCCUCUCCCUCCCUCUCUCCCUCCCCCGGCGUCGUUGGAGCAGCUCGGCUGCCUGCAAUCCAACAUGGAGUAGAGAGAGAUGGGGCUCUAGCGGGGCCACCCCACGGUAACAACAACGGCGACGACGCGCUUUUUACGCACAACUGGAACCGGAGUCGUCGGUCAAAACAUGCGCCUUAGGACUUAAAACGGAGUGUGUGCCUUGUGUGUCCGUGUGUGUGCGUGAGUGGGUUUGGGGAGGGGGAGAGGCGAAGAGGAGAGCUGGAUUCGGCCACUAACUGUCUGUACGGGCUACGUUACCUACUGAAGGCGAUGGACUAUUAAAGUUUUGGGAAAGGGGGUAUUCGUGAUCCAACAGAAAACUGGGUGGCUCCGCCGUUGAAAGAGGUGAAAAGUGAGGAAAAUAAGACGGAGACACAGCCAGUCGAAGGCAAGCCAAAGAGCCAAGACUCGCACAAAGGCGCAGGGGGGAUUUAUGCGGAAUUGGAGACAGAAUCUGAGGAGCCGCGGUGAAAGAAUGACGAGCGAAAAGUAUGCAACCGCCGUGGUACAUUACCUGAGGUGAAACGAGAAAAUGAUAGAAGAAACACACCCAAACGAUGACAGCUACAUCGUGCGUGUGAAAGCCGUGGUGAUGACACGGGAUGACUCGAGCGGUGGCUGGUUGGCCCAGGACGGAGGAGCUCUGAGCAGGGUUGGCGUGUGCCGCCUCCUGCCUCCAGAGCUGGCGCCCAUACCAGCUUCCAGCAGUUCCCAGUUCCUCAUCAGGGGUGAACGACUGCGGGACAAACAGGUGAUCCUGGACUGUCCACUGAGGAAAGACCUUGUGUACACCAUAGCAACGCCCACAUUUCACCAUUGGAAGGUGGAGGACAGGAAGUGUGGCCUGUCCUUUCAGAGUCCAGCUGACGCAAGAGCGUUUGACAGAGGGGUCCGAAAAGCCAUCGAGGACCUUGCUGAAGGCUCCACCACUUCCUCUACAGCACUCCAGAAUGAGGGCGAGCUGGGUGACGACGACGUCUUUACUAACACCACAGACAGUUCGUCCAACUCCUCCCAGAAACUGGAGAGUUCUCUGCAGCCGCUCGAGUCCUCCCCCCUUCCGCAGAGACACAAGUGUAUCCUGACGCAUCGCCAUGACCUCCACGACCCCUAUCGGCUGUCGGACCACUAUUUUCUGGACCAGUCGUUGUCCCGGCUUCCUCGUCAUGUCACCUUCCAGGAGGAUGAGGAAAUUGUGCGCAUCAACCCACGGGAGCGCAGCUGGGAGCGAACCACAGAGCGGCUUCAUGGCCGCCAGUCAGACCGCCCCUGGCUCACAGGCUAUGAGGACUAUCGCCACGCUACUGUGCGAGACAAGUUCAUCCAAAUGGAUGACAAUGAGUCCUAUGUCCACUUUGCCAAGACAGAGGCUCAGAAGCAUGACUACACCUACCCACUGGCACCAGCCCUGUCACCAUCAGACUCUGAUCCCUCCCUCGGACCCUUAAUGGCCAAUAAGGGCCAUGGCGGCUCGUAUCACCAAGGCUUUUCGUCUGUGAUCUCCAGCCAGCCUCGUUCCUUCCUCCCAAACUCGUCCCCAUCCACGAAUGGGGGAAAGGGGAGGAAGGAGGAUGGGAUGGAGCGCGCUCAGUGCGAGCACUGCAGAGAGGCCUUCUACGUCACUGACAACCAGAGAGGCCGGUGCCAGGAUGCCCCGGACCCUGUACGGUUGUGCAUCCGACGAGUCAGCUGCAUGUGGCUGGCAGACACAAUGCUCUACCACUGCAUGUCAGACCCAGAGGGGGACUACUCGGAUCCCUGCUCCUGUGACGGGGGCGAGGGCGGCGGGGGAGGCCGACUCGGCUCUCGCUGGUUAGCUCUUCUGGGCUUGUCUCUGGUGGCGCCCUGCCUCUGCCUCUACCCACCUCUUCAUGCUUGCCACCGGGCGGGGCUCAGGUGUGGUUGCUGUGGAGGUCGACACAAAGCUCUAAGCUGAGCAGCUGCGCUCGGAAAAAACCUCUCAGAGGAAACGACAAAAAGCUAAAACCCAACGCAAGCACAGGGAAAAGGAAGGAAGGGGAAGUACACAGAGGGGACAAGUGGUCGUGGCUGCUCGCUCUCUUGCCUUGGUUUCUCUGGGUCUCUCUACAAAUUCCAGACACUGAAAUAAGCCAAAAAAUAAAAAACAGUUGGUGCAUUUUCUGAACAGCCUGGGAAGAUAAGCUCCCCCUCAUGGCAGACAGUUCUCUCUGCUCUCCACGUGGCCAUUUUAUGCUCUGUUUAUAGUGAGAGAGCACUCUUUCAGGGGGCCUUUUUUUUAUAGCUGACCUAUAUGUCAUGUAUCACAUAUGCAGGUACUUUAUACUUUGUACACUGACUCUGCGUCAAAGAACUUGAAUUGUUCCUUUGUUCUGUUUUUUCUCUCCUUUGAUGUAUGCGCGGCCAUUUUGUUUAUAUUCUCUUCCAAUAUCAGGCCCGCUCAGCUCGACUCCAGCUACAAGAGAAAUCAGACACUACACCUACUUGCGUGUGUGUGCGAGAGUGUGUUUGUGCGAAUGGUAUAUGUGCAUGCUUACAAUGUGCGCCGAGGCCUUUUGUUGUCAGUAAUGCAACUGAUAGUAAAGCAUGUGUAUAUAGUUUGCAUAGCUCCACCAUUGACAUCUUCUUUGUUCACUGAAACAAACGUGGUACUCAUCAUAAUCGACUUCUAAUAUCCCAAAGAUUUUUCUUUUGUCCUAUUUAUUUUCUCACUGAAUUAAUCUACCAGCAAAAGGGUGCUGAGUUGUGAUUCACUCACAGAUCGAGACGUUGCUUCAAGUCAUCCUUUGGAUACUCCAGCAGCUGUCUCCCUGUUUCCUUUCAUGUUGUUUCAAACAGUGCCUAAACAAUCACCUAAACCAGGAACCCAUCCAGUCAGACCUCAGUCAGCAGUACAUGUCAGGUCUCAGGUGAGGGCCAGACGAAUCAAUCACAGAUACCAUCAAAAUUAGUGCCCGUUAUGCCUUAAAAUGAAGCGAGUCACUCCAAACUUCUACCCCUGUCCCUCUGAGUAUGUCUUCUGUAAUGAAAAGAGAGCAGAGAUACAGCUCAGAGCAAUCAGCCUCAACAGAUACUCUGUUUUUGUAGUGGAAAAACUGUCAAGUGUCCAAACUAAGGAGUCCAGUGUGCUUGCGAUGUACAAUCAGCUCCCCUCUUUAAGCCCAGCCUUCUAAUGGAGCCCCCCAGUCACAGUAGUAGAAGAGCAGAAUCUGAGCUGACUAUGAUGUGAUGGUUUUUAGGAAGUUGGUUAGUACCUGUGUUCAAACAUCCAAACCCUUGAACAUUUUACAUCAUUUACAAGGAAAAAUGUUGCAGAGCCAUGGCUUUCUUUCUUUUUUUGCCAAUCACAUAAUGACUGACAGAUGCAGUCACUGCAGUAUAGUAGUAACAUGUUCACACUAUAUAAAUAUUCCUACAUGUCAUUCUUGAGUUGUAAAAGAAAGGAUGCUGUUUCACUUUCUUGCAGAUAGUCAGAUGAGAUGAUGAAUUCCAGAGUUACAUCUGUGCGUUAAACAUAAAGAAAACCUAAAAGUGGGAAGCAGUUUGGCUUAGCAUAAACACUAGUGACAUUGGGAUCUGUUCAAAGGCAACAAGAUCCAUCUACCAGCGUCUCUAAAGCCCACUAACACUAAACUUGUGGCUUAUCUAAUCUGUAAAAAAGAAAAGGAAAGGGAUGAGCAAAAACAACAAAUUGAGGUUUUAUAGGAGGUAAUGUGCUGGACUAUUUCCUGGCAGGGUGUAGUGACUUCCUGGACUCCCCACUGAUAAGAAGUUAUCCACAAAAAGUGCAAAAGUGGCGAAACAGUGAAAUGUAAUUUCUCUUAUUUCUUCAUUACACCUCUUUUCAGCGCCAGGCUAGCUCUUGUCCAGUCUUUAUGCAAUGCUCAGCUAAGCUAAUCAUCUCUUUGCUGUUUGGCAUUCUGACUUCUCAGCGAGAAAGCGAGUAUUUCUUAAAACGUCAAACUGUCCUACAACAUUUUCUUUCACCAUGCCAGAUUUUGUAUGUAAUCGCGCCAACAAGUAACGACAUCAGCUUGACUCGUAUAAAAAAAAUAAAAAAUUAAAGUGUUUUUUCAGGGUCAUAGUGGGUGUGUUGAUAGACAAACUCUGGCUUCUGAGGAAAACAAAAACUCCCUGUCCUUACCUGCCCAUGCCGCCUGCUGUUUGAGUGACACUGCUGCAGACCAAUCAGAUCCUUCAUGCUGACAGCACAAGAAACUGACAACCGCUUUGGUGCUUUUAUGCCUAGUCUGGGCCUAGUUGAUGGCAGUAUUAGGGGAUGUGAACAGGAAAACAUUAACCUUCAAAAUAAAAAAGAAGCAGGAUUUGAAUGGGGUCCCAUUGGUAAAUGGGGGGGGGUCAUGAAAAGCAGCUGAAAUCGUGGAGACAAACAUCCCUCCCUGAUUGUUUUGCCAAGGAAAUGUCACUUACUGUAGUUGAAAUGCAGAAUGCCUGAGGAUGUCCUUUUUCCUCCCCUGGUUGUGUCUGUUUCAUACAUCCUGUCCUGUGUACCAGUUGUAUGUCCUCGGUGAGUGAGUGUGAGUGUGAGUGUGAGUGUGAGUGUGUGUGUGUGUGUGUGUGUGUGUGUGUGUGUGUGUGUGUGUGUGUGUGUGUGUGUGUGUGUGUGUGUGUGUGUGUGUGUGUGUGUGUGUGUGUGUGUGUGUGUGUGUGUGUGUGUUUUUCCCCUCUCCUGCUCCUUGAUCCAAAGCUACAGGGAUCAGCUGAAUAUGCUAUCUUACACACUAUCACCUAUCCAGUAUAAUCAGAUCCUUCGAUGAUGAUCCUUAAUGUAUCAGGGACGGGGCCAAUCAGAUUGGGAAGAGUGUGUGUCCAUUUGUGUGUGUGAGUUUAGUCUUUUUUCUCUGUCUCGUCUGGUGUUGAGUGUGUUCUCACAUGUCAGAGCCAUUUACAAGUGCCUGAACGCAUCCUCUCUAUCUCCUUGUGUAUUUAAAAUUGAUAAAAAUUAAAGAAACAACUCCCUGUAUUAAAUUAGACCCAUUUUUUACACUUAGUAUUUUUACCUCUGUAAAAAAAGAGCAAAAUUAUAUUAUAUAUAUCAAGUGUAUGUUGUACAUUUUUAUUUCUAUUUUGUUUUUUAAAAAUUACUGUUUCUAACAUGUACGAUGGAUGUAGCUCUCGCUUUUUGAGAAGGAACAGGAAGUACUUUGUAGAUACUGAAGGGUGGCCAGGUCUGUGAGAAAACUAAAAAUGAAAUGUGUGUCUUACCUUCCGCCUCCAAUAAAAUGAGAGAAAACAGUGAAACCACA